GAUUUCAAAUUUCACCUAAAAAUAUGCAUCCGUUCAGGAGUUGAAACGUUUUGAAUUUUUACGAAAAUUUUUGCAACAUGUCUUAAAAAUUCAAAACGUUAUAACUCCUGAACGGAUGCAUAUUUUUAGGUGAAAUUUGAAAUCUGUCGAUGAAAUUCGAUGUAGAUUAUGAUUAAAUUCUAAAAAAUAGAAUAUUACCAAAAGCAAAAAAUAAUUGAGGGAGCGGCGGUCCAAAAAAUUAUUUUCUUUUCGCAAACUCCGAUCGAAAAAUUUUGUUGAUAAAAGCAGUUCAUCAUUUGGGUUCAAUAUCACCCUCCAUAAACUUCAUGUAGGUUCCAUGCUCUGAAGCUGAGAUCCAGCAUACCAAAAACUCCUGGAUCCGCCACUAUUCUUCUUUGAUACAUUAUUCACCUAAACAAAUCGAUUCUACUCUCAGUUUAAUUAUUGAACUCUUUUUCAAGAAUAAUUCAGUCUUUCUGAAUGUGAUCUAGUCACAGUGUAUAACUCCUGUCUAUCUGAAGAAAUUUUAAUUUUUUAUUUGGAAUGUAAAAUCUAUUGUACAUUGACAAAUCUUUGCUUUGCGUCUCACAAUCACAGUUUGUCAGUUUUUUUAUUAUUUACUCUAGGCCAUUAUCUGACGAAUGUAUUCGCUAUGCUCGAGAAGACACUCAUUAUUUACUCUACAUCUACGAUAUAUUACGAAAUCGUUUACUCGAUGUACGACAACAAAAAUCAACACUUCUCAAACAAGUAUUUUUAAAAUCAAAAAUUGUGUGUCAAAAGUUAUAUAAAAAGCCUCAAUUUGAUCAAGAUGGUUAUCAAACAAUAUACUUAAAAAGUCGUAAAACGUUUAAUGUGAGACAAUUAGCUGCUCUCAAAUCUCUUUAUUAUUGGAGAGAUAAAUUAGCAAGACAAGAAGAUGAAUCUACAGGCUACGUAUUACCAAACCAUAUGCUGUUACAAAUAUCCGACAUUUUGCCAAGAGAAGCUCAAGGUAUUCGAGCAUGUUGUAAUCCUGUUCCUGUAUUAGUUCAACAAAACUUACAUGAUAUUCAUCAAAUUAUUUUACAAGCAAAGGAUAUACAACUUCAAACAGAAGAAAAAGAACAUAUUGUACCUUUAACAUUACCACCUGUAUAUGAUCCUGAAAAUGUUCUAAAUUGUCCUCACGAUUUGUCUCAUCAAGGUGAUCAUUUACCAUCAACAAAUACAUUUACUCAUAUUCAAUCUGAUAAUAUACAAGCUAAACCACAAAUAUCCUAUUCAACAAAUUUGAAUGAUAUAUUAGAAGAGACAUUUAAAGAGCAAAUUCGUGAACGUAACACAUCAGUGAAAUAUCCAAUUGAAAUAGUGAUGAAAUCAGAGAAAAAUAUUGAAGAUGAUAGAUCACAGACAAGAAUAAAUCCAUUUGCUUCAUAUUUACCAAAAUCAUUGCGUAGAUCAGAAGAAAUUAAACCAAUAUGGAAAAUAUUUUAUCCAAAAGCAGAUAUUGAAUUAAAUGGUUCAGCAACCACUCAAGAUAAUGUUCAUAAUGGUAAUGCUAAAUCCUAUGAUGAAAAUGGAGAUGUUGAAAUGAUUUACUUAAGUCAACAACAAUCUCGUAAACGAAAACGGAAUAAAGAUCGUCAACCACGUAAAAAACCACGUGUUGCUGCAACUACUAUGAAUGAUGACGAUGCGAUCGAAGAAGGAGAAAUAAAUAAUGAUGAAAUUAUUGAACAAGAAGGAGAAACAACAAUUCAACCAUUUGAUUAUUCAGCGGUUGAUAGUGGCAUUCUAUUUGAAAGAAAAUUUAAACGUCCAGAUGAUAAUGAAGCUAUAUAUGAUCCAAACAAACAGAAAAAACCAAAAGGAAAAAAAAAUUUUCGUUCAAAACCAUCAGCAGCAGCACAUCCACAGCAAACGAAAUCGAUGACUUAUCCAUUUCCAAGAAAAACAACGUAG